AUGCCACGAACGAUGUCAAGAUGUCAGGCCAUUCGUUCAAUCCCGACAGCGGAAGGAGUUCGCUGGCCAAGCGUCGUACAAGAGGCACCCUUCCGCUGA